AAAAUAAAGAUGAGAGUCGCGCAACACAGCUUUUACGGAAUAUGAUGAGUCAAACUUACGGAUUUCCUGUGCCGUCAACAAUUGCAUUGACAAAAGUACCUGAAGAACCUAUACCACUUUUAAAGGAUAUGCCUGAAUCGCAACCGAAUGUUAUCAAAAUAUGUAGAAGAAAGCAGAGUUUUCCUACUAAAACUGAUUGCAAGGAAUCUCCAGAUAUUACAGACACCGAUACUCGUCUUCAUUCAGAAAAUAUUUCCAAUGCAAUUACAGAAGGAAUAAAAGAUAAGAAGAGCAUAAAAUGUAGCAGCACUGCUGCUCUAUCUACUUCUCAAAAGGAUAUGUCUUGUUCUAAUUGUGGUACACUGACAACAACAAUUUGGAGACGAAGCGUAAGAGGAGAAAUGGUUUGCAACGCUUGUGGGUUAUACUUCAAGCUUCAUGGCGUUAAUAGACCCCAUUCUAUGAGACGUGAUACUAUACAUACACGGCGCAGGCGUCCAAAAGAGUGCGAAAAAUCUAAAAAAAGAAAUAGGCAAAUACCCGGCACUACUGUAGCAGAAUAUGAAAGGGAUAAUAGCCCCAUCGAAUGCAAGAAAUCGGAUAUGUCCUUGGCAGAGGAGACACCCACAUUUUCAAAUUUAGUAUUUAAGAAAUACAAAUCGGAAAUAUCUGAGACAGUAGGAACGGCAGAAACACUCAAAAAUGUUAUAUUAAAACGAACAAAAUCACAAUCUUUGCUUGAGUUUAAUGAAACCCAUGCAGGCGAAGAACUAUCUGUACCUCUUAACCUUGUUUCCAGUGAAAAUAAUUCAAAGUUAACAUAUAACGCCAAAUAAAAUUCAAGUAAUCAAGCCAUCAAGCGCACACAAUUUAUAAAUGAGCUCAUGAAAUCAUUAAAAACUAUUAUCGUUAUAUAUGCUCACACUAAUUUGUAUUCUUAGAAACUAAUACCAAAUUGCAAAAAAAGGGGUUCAAAGUUGUAAUAUUAUGGUGUGAAAAGUUUUAUUUUAAGCACGGACAGAAUUACUUAAUUCUUUUUAUACAUAUAGUAAAAAUGUAAGCAAUUAAAGAGAUAUUUAUACUUAUA